AUGUCCGAACGCGUCCGUCGCGACGCCGCGGUGCACGCCGCCGCGCGCGUCAAGCAGCAGCUCGCGUCCGCGCGCCCCGUCCCCAACGCGCGCGCGAAGCGAAAAGACGUGCAGCAGCAGCGGCAGCGCGAAGAAAACGAAAAAGACGCGUCGAGCGAGGACGCGCGCGUCGACGCCGUCGCCGACGCCGACGCCGACGCCGCGACGGACGCGACGCGCGACGAUCGCGGGGAAGAGGAGGAGGAAGAAGAUCCGCCGCCGCAAAUGCCGCCGCCGCCGCAACGCGAGGCGACGCGCGAGGCCGCGGAGGUUUGCAACGUCGAGGAGGACGGCGGCGACCUCGACGACGACGACGACGACGACGCGCGCGAGGGCUCGGACGCGAACGACGCCGCCGCCGCGACGGACGCCGCGCGCGCGCGCGCGACGCGCCGGAGCGGACGCAAGCGCGCCGCGCCGUCGCUCCCGGACGACGACGUCGUCGAGGACGACGAUCGCGAGGAGCGACCGACGCGCCCCUCGCCGACGAAGAAGAAGAAGCGCGACCCUGGCAACCCUGGCAACCCCGGCGCCGCCGCGAAGCCCCCGCGCGCGCCGAAAGCAGCGAAGAAGACGACGACGACGACGACGCGGAAGAAGCCCAGGGCGCCGCGCGUCGUCGUCGCGACGCCCGCGACGCGCGCGGCAGCCCCGAGCAGCGCCUCGGACCCGCUGUGGGUGCUCGCGGACGCGGUGGACGGCGUGGAGGGCGCUUCGAGUCCCGCCUCCCCCGCCGCCGCCGCCGCCGCAGCCGCCGCCGCGGCCGCGGCGAAGGCGAAGGCGGCGGCGAAGGCGAAGGCGAAGGCGAGCAAGGAGAACCUCGAGACGCGGAUCAAGUCGACCCGCGACGCCGUCCUCGAGGAGGUGACGAUGCUAAGAGAGACGCGGACGUGGCGCGCGGAAGUCGCCGCGCUGCGCGCCGACGCGGAGGCGCGCGUCGAGCCGCCGCCUCAAACGCCGCCGAACCGAGCCGACGCCGACGCAUCCGUCGCGUUCUCCGCGGUUGUCGAGCUUCGCGACGCGUGGGGCGCGUUCCUCGAGCGCAACGAGUCGCGGUGGCGAGAGGUGGAGGAGCGCGCGAGCCGCGACGAGAUCGAGGCUCGCCGCCACCGACGCGCCGCGGACGCGCGACUGGGUAGGUUGGAAGAGAUCGUCGUGGAUCUGACGCGACGCGAGCGACGCGACGCGCCGCCGCCACCGCCGCCGCCACCGUCGACGCCGUCGGUCGUCGGUCGCGACUACGACGCGCUGCGAUGGCCGGGGCCGACGGCGACGGCGACGGCGACGACGGCGGCGCGCUCGGCGGCGCCGCCCGCGGGUUUAGUGUCGCCGCGUCUCGCGAUCGAGCAGCUCGCGCUCGGUCAGGUCCCGCGGUUGGGGUCGGGGUUCAUCGGGACCGCGGGUCACCGCGCGACGACCGCGCCGCCGCCGGCGUCCGUCUGCGGAGGAGGGGAUUGCGAGUGA